AUGCUCUUUUCUUAUUUCGCUGUCAUCGCUACCCUUGCUGUCUUUGGACAGACUGCUCGCAUCAGUAUUCGUCAAGAUGAUUCCGAUAGUAGCGUUGGAGAACCCGUCAGCGUCGGACUUGCGGCCAAUCGUUCUGCGCCAGCCGCAGAAGUUUUUGGCACUACCAACUCCAGCAUCAAUUUCCUAAGCAUGCCAACAACCACUUGUAUUGUCCCUAUGUAUGCAAGUGAGGCAGGUAUAAAGAAUACUACUGCGCCGCUCAAUACCCAGCAAGCACUUGAACUUUGCCCUCAAGCCAAGGCUAUUGCUGUCUGCGAGACUAAUUCUACUGUGACCGCUGUAUGA